AUGAAUGAAGACACAAGCCCGAACGAAAUCGCCAUCCCAGAACUGGAAAUCUUCACAACGAUUUCACAAGAUAUGAACUUCAUGCACAUAGAAGGUGACGGCUGUCAAGAAGAAGAUCUAGCUAACUUCACAAGACUGCAAUAUCCUCUUCGUCUAGCAUAUGCAUGCACCAUAAACAACUAUACGUAG